AUGGGUAAGGUUAAGUGCUCCGAGUUGCGCACCAAAGAUAAAAAAGAACUCUUCAAACAGCUUGAAGAAUUAAAAACAGAAUUAACUAACCUUCGAGUUGCUAAGGUUACCGGUGGAGUGGCGUCAAAGCUUUCUAAAAUACGAGUUGUAAGAAAGGCUAUUGCUCGGGUUUACAUUGUAUACCAUCAGAAAAUGAAGGUAAAUCUUCGGAACCAUUACAAAAAUAAGAAGUACAAGCCACUGGAUCUCAGGCCCAAGAAGACUCGUGCUAUGCGAAAGGCUCUUACAAAGCACGAAGCUAAAUUAAAAACGCGCAAGGAAAUAAGGAAGAAGUCUCUGUUUCCACCUCGUGUGUAUGCUGUUAAAGCCUGA